CUCUGUUGCGCUGCGCACCCAAUUGUUUUUCUUCGUCCGUCGGUCUGUGCAAACAAGCCGCAGUACGAGGAUCACAGCUGCCAUUGUCGAGGCAUCAAGACGACUAAGUGGGUGCGGCUGCCCUCAAAUCCCAUGAGCAAGCACAAGAGCAUCCGCGCGCCCCAACUUUGAUCCGCCUGUUGCUCCUUUGGCAUGGCAACGAUGAAGAACGCAGUACGGCAGUUCGUGUCGUGGCGACUUGCGUGGUGGCGCCUGUGGUCAACACGAAAGAUAGAUGUCUCCUGCGAGCGACAUCGAACAAGAGUCCAAGCACGGACCCCUGCUGCGCGCGAGAGAAGAGGGACUCGGGCCAACUUCCUGACUUAGCAGUCAGCCCGAGCCCCUGGGAGCGUCUCCCUCUCUAGGGGAUCGGCCCUCGGCCCGCACGGGGCCACUCCACCAUGCAGGCAAGGCACUUGGGCCUGGCCCAAUUCCGCCACGGGCGGCUCUCCCCGCGCAGCCCGCAGCAACCUCUGGACGAGUCGGGCCCGCCUCGCCUCGUCGGACUCGGGCGCCAGCGCCGAGGCUUCUCCCCCACCCCCGUCCGACGACGACGUCACGACCCCACCACCACCUCCUCCACACGGCCUCGCCUCCUCAGCAGCGAGCCGUGGAGGCACGCUAGGAGCUCCACUCCUGACUGCAGCUCCACGAAUGAACGAACCACCACUGCGGACAGCUGUCCGGGCCUGCUCGAGACCUGGUGGAGGAGGCCGUAGCCUCUUCAACCCUGUACCUACACGCGAGAUCAUGCCUAUGGACAGCGAGACAAUAAAAAUCUACACGGAGGAGGGGAGGAGGGAAGUCCUGGAUGUGGAUGUCGGCGUAGUUGCCGAUCGACCUGAAAUCUGACAGCAAAACACGGAGCUGCCGCCGGGCUCCACACGCGCACCCCGCGGGGGGGUCCUGCAGGGCCGCGCCGUGCGCAGCAACAAAACCUGGCAGCGAGCGGAGGUCUGUCCACCUCCGAGAGACUGGGGGCCGCUGCGGGACGCAUUUGACUCUGCGGCCGCGGCGCGAGCCGCCAGGACGCAGACCCGGGGGCUUCUGGGCUUCGGACAGCCCUCGUGCUACCACGGCUGGGCGCAGUUAGAGGUUUGGGUGCGCCUCCUCCU